AUGGCCUCGCUGGUUACCUGCUUUCUGUCGCUGACCCUGCUGCUUGACCUUGUCGCUGAGCUCCAAGGUUUGGAACAGUUACAAAUAUCGUAUGCGGCGAAGACGACCCCCGAACUUGGCAAGGAGUUGAAGCUGAAGUGCAAGGCGCUGUUGUCCACUUCGCAAGGAUGCUCUUGGCUCUUCCAGAAGGACGGCCCCGGAGUUAAACCCACCUUCAUCCUCUAUCACUCUACGGCCCGGAUCAAAGUGAAUGACAAACUGGAUGAAAACCAGUUCUCUGGGAACAAAAAUGACCAAGAGUACACCCUUACCCUGAAGAAGUUCGGCGAGGAAAACCAGGGCUACUAUUUCUGCUCUGUGACAGGCAACUCGGUGGUGUACUUCAGUCCUCUCCUGCCGGUCUUCCUGCCAGGGAAACCCACCACGCCAGUGCCGCGACCACGCACACCAGUGCCCACUGUCGGUACAUCCCGGUCCCCACGACCAGAAACUUGCCGGCCCGGGUCGGGUGCCUCAGUGGAGAAGAGGGGAUUGGACUUCGACUGUAAUAUCUUAAUCUGGGCACCCUUAGCCGGAAUCUGCGGGGUGCUUCUGCUGUCCCUGGUCAUCACUCUCAUCUGCUGCCACAGGAACCGAAGGCGCGUGUGCAAAUGUCCCAGGCCUCUGGUCAGACAAGCAGGCAAGCCCAGCCCUUCAGAAAAAUUCGUGUAAGAUGGCGCCAGGAAGCCGCAACCAUUACAUGAUUUCAGAGCCCUCUUCAUUCACAAGAUCAAGCCCUCCUUCUUCAGCAUUUCCCACAUUCCUAUGUAUUGUUCUCUGGAUUAUUUUAGUGGGGGUGGGGUGGGAGCCAUUUCUUUUCUUUACGCAUUCAUUUUGGCACAAAACAGGACCACACAAUGUCUACAGGACCACAAGGGUGGCAGCUCUGUUGCUGCAUGCACAGAAUGGGGUAAAGAGCAGUGACACCAGAGCUAGCUGAAUUCUCGGGGUUAGGGGACAAUCAGCACCCACUUGCUCAUCUACAUUCCUUGUCUGCCCAUCACACAGAAGAGGCUAAAGGUCAGAGAUGGGGUCAGCCGGGUCUGUAGGUCAGGAGAGAACCCAAGCUGGAGGAACCUUUACCGGCUGGCUCAGGGAACUUGCCUCUGUACCUUGAACUCUUGUUGCUGGGCUAUGCCUGUGUAGUGUGCAGGCUGUGUAGUGGUGUGGUUCUGUCUCAAACCACAAGGGAGUGAGCAGUGUCACCUGUGAUCUGCUCAGUGCUGGCCAUGAGCACAGAUGUCACACAGCAAAGACAGGAGAACUGCCUUUAUGCCCCUGAACAUCAGAGCUCCUGGCAAGGGACAGUGAGACAG